CGCGCCGCCUCAGCCUCGCGCCGUCGCCUCAGGCCGAGCGGGAGCCAUGGCGGAAGUUCCUCGACGACGUCAGCAGGCCCGGGUUAAAGGAGAAGCCCCCGCCGGAGCGUCCCCUCCCAGACAUGAGGAGGAGGCCGCCGAGGGGAUGGCGGCGGCCGCGGCCGACCGGCUGACGGGCUGCCUCAAGCUGCUGGCCGCCGCCUUCUACGGCCUCAGCUCCUUCCUCAUCGUCGUCGUCAACAAGAGCGUGCUCACCGGCUACAGGUUUCCUUCCUCACUAUGUGUUGGACUUGGCCAGAUGUUGGCCACUGUGCUUGUUCUCUGGGUGGGAAAGGCCCUCAGGGUGGUAAAAUUUCCUGACUUUGACAGAAAUAUACCUCGAAAGACAUUUCCACUACCUCUCCUAUAUUUUGGGAACCAAAUCACAGGACUGUUCAGCACAAAGAAACUGAACUUGCCAAUGUUUACAGUUCUAAGAAGAUUCUCCAUUCUGUUUACAAUGUUUGCGGAAGGCUUUCUACUCAAGAAGACAUUUUCUUGGAGUAUCCAGAUGACUGUUUUUGCGAUGAUUAUUGGUGCAUUUGUAGCUGCCAGCUCAGACCUGGCAUUUGACCUGGAAGGGUACGUCUUCAUCCUGGUGAACGACGUCUUGACCGCGGCCAACGGGGCGUACGUCAAGCAGAAACUGGAUUCGAAGGAGCUGGGGAAAUACGGCCUGCUGUACUACAAUGCCCUGUUCAUGAUCCUGCCCACCCUGACCAUUGCGUAUUUCACAGGAGAUGCCCAAAAGGCGUGGGACUACGAUGGUUGGUCCGAUUCCCUGUUCCUCCUGCAGUUCAUCCUUUCCUGCGUGAUGGGAUUCAUCCUCAUGUACUCCACGGUCCUCUGCACCCAAUACAAUUCUGCUCUCACAACUACAAUAGUUGGCUGUAUUAAGAAUAUACUCGUCACCUACAUUGGGAUGGUCUUUGGCGGGGACUAUAUUUUCACGUGGACAAACUUCAUCGGGUUAAAUAUCAGCAUCGCCGGAAGCUUGGUGUAUUCCUACAUCACCUUUACGGAAGAGCAGCUGAGCAAGCAGUCGGAAGGGAGCGGCAAGCCGGACGUCAAAGGGAAAGGGGCCGUGUGACGGGCGGCUUCCCGGGCUGGCCUCGC